CCUGGCCGUCAGCGCCGUUAGCGCCCACGGAGAGGCUGCCCUGCCGGGGACUGAGAGGUGCUGCGCUGACAACAAUGGCAGCCUUGGCGUUGGCAGCGCGGAUGCGGCUCGGCGUCGGGGCCGUUAAGGCCCUGGAAGCCCGAGGCUUCGGCUCCGACCGGUCAGACCGCUCCGACGCGGGGUCGAUCCGGGAGGCUGGCGGGGCCUUCGGAAAGAGAGAGCAGGCUGAAGAGGAGCGAUUCUUCCGGUGUCCAGGAUUCUCCAACCACGGUUCAGCUCUUACUGGAUCAUUUACCAUCCCCACCUGUGGAAUUCUCUCCGGGUCGUGCGAAACACCCCCAAAUGCUUCACGGAGUGUCUAGAUCCGACCGUCCAAUACUUGCAGACCGCCAGAGCCUGACUCUCGGCCCUCACUCACCCAUCAUCCCUCUACGCUCUUUUUUCCCCAACACGCCUUAGCUUUGAGUGGAUUCCCUGACUCUAAAAGCCCUCUCAGCCAUUUGUAGACCCACACGCGUAUCCCACUUGGCCAGAGUGGGUGGGCCUUAGAACAGGGGGAUGCUGCUCCCUGUUGGAAACACACCCCAGCGACUCCUGGAGACUUUCCCCUGCUCCGCCCAGCCCAGCCCAGGCCAGGCCAGCCACUGGGCUGGGCCUAUCCUACUCUCUUGCCCAACCUUGAGUUAUCUUUUACUGACUUCUGUCCACGGUAGGGAUAAGUGUGAAACUAAUCUCGUCUCUGCUGCUUCUUUAUCUUCACAUUUCUGUCCACUCUUGCUCACUCUUAAGAAUUAUCACCAUGGCACCUGCCUUACCAGAGAGCCAAGGCACAGCCCUUAGAGAGCAUCUAAUUGGGCCCCUACAUUUUACAGUUAAGGAAAACUGAGGCCCAGGUGUGGCCCAGCCAACAUUUGAAUGGUCCCCUCUUGAAAUCGACAUUAGACUACCCAUACAAGAAAUCACCCCCCUUUUUUUUCCUCCUUCAUUUUGGCUUUCACAGUGGACCGUGAACUUUUCUAGGUAAAGAAUGCUCUAGAUGAAUUGGGAUAGGACAUGGAUGAUUGUCCUUUAGCUAUAUCCCUUUGUGUAGCCCCCUCCGCUUGUUCUUUUUUUUCCCCAAAAAGGUACUCUGUUCUCUAGGUUGUUCCUCUGUUAAGGCACUGGGGACUCCAUCACACCUCUCUGGAGUUUCUACUUAAAGAGGGAUCUGAAAGGAAUACUUCAUUAAUGAUGGAAUUCCAGGCAUUAGCACCAGGAAUCAUUUUGGUUGUCUCCUAAAGAUGGAUACAUCUUAAGAUGAGGCAUUCUUUCUCUAGUGGGGCAGGAGGAGGUAGAAGAGGAUAACCAGCCAGAUUCCUUUGGGAUUGGGACUCCAUUCUUCACCUUAGUAUUGCAGGUAUGCUUAGAGUCUCUUCAGGGUGAAAGAUCAGGAUUAAACCCAGCACCACUGUGUCC